AUGCCUCUAACUGAACAGCUAAAACUAAUACUAGAAAACCGUAAAAAACGGUCGCUAAUUCGUUCACUGACCGUACCCGCCCCAAACAGCGUCGACUUCUCUUCGAAUGACUUUCUUGGACUUUCGCGUAAUGCAACACUACAUAACGAUUUCGUGACACAGCUCCUAAAUUUCCCACAACCACCACUUGGUUCAACUGGUUCACGUCUUCUGGACGGAAAUUCUUCUUUUGCUGAGUCACUUGAUAAGUUCCUUGCCGAUUUCCACCACGCCGAAAGCGCCUUGAUAUUUACUUCGGGGUUUGACGCAAACGUCGGUUUCUUUAGUAGUGUUCCACAACCGGGAGACGCGAUUAUUCUCGACCAGUUCGUGCAUGCUAGUGUGCACGACGGCGUGAGAAAUUCUCGUGCGAAAGUUGUGCUGAAAUUUUUGCAUAAUGACUUGGAGGAUUUGACGCGACAACUGGAUAAGGCUGUGCAAACUAUCGGUAGCGAAAAGAAUAUUUUCGUCGCGGUGGAGAGUUUGUACUCGAUGGAGGGUGAUAUCGCGCCUCUACGAGAAAUAGUUGAAAUACUGAAAUCGUAUAAUGCUUAUUUGAUGGUGGAUGAGGCUCACGCGACUGGAGUAUACGGUGAGCAAGGACGUGGAAUAGUCUGUGAACUCGGUUUAGAAGACAAGAUAUUUGCGCGCUUGCACACAUUUGGAAAAGCAUUGGCAUCAAAUGGAG